AUGCACCUGGAUCUGGCUCAGAAACAAAAUGGUCUGCAGCAUGUAGGCGAUGCCCUUCAAAAAAUUGGCACUCGACGCCCAGGAACAGAAGUCCGCCGCAGCGCUACUGACCAGCCACUCGACCUUCGGGAUCUCCACGAGUCUUCUACACGAAGAUCUUCCUUGACGCGGCACGUUUUGUGCCGCUCUGUGGAAGUCGGCUGGUCUGGAGUCUACUCCGCGCAGUCUCUCUUUGCUCAGCUCUGCUGGACGAGGAGGGACUGCUGCUGCAAGACAAACCAGGACCAUCAUAGUCCACGCCCGUCUCCAUGUCUGGAAUCCAACACGGGCGAGGCUCCAAGUGUUCGACAUCUUUUCGUUUAG